CGUGAUGCACUCCCUGGUCCAGCAGGAGGUCCGCGCCUUCUCCCGGGCCAAGCUGCGGAAGCAGCGCACCCGGGUCACCACGGUGACGGGCCGCAGGCUGCUGGAGAGGUGGGAGGAUGCUCGCGGUCACGUGGUCGAGGCAGUGGAGCCCCGCGCCGCGGAGGCCUAUGGGUACGUGCGGGACCUCAGCCUCGACCUGCAAGUCGGAGCCGUUCAGCCCUGGCUGCUGCUGGGAUCUCAAGAUGCCGCUCAUGACCUGGACACCCUGAAAAAAUACAAGGUCACCCACAUCCUCAACGUGGCGUACGGAGUAGAGAACGCCUUCCUCGGUGAUUUCACGUAUAAGAACGUUUCCAUCCUGGAUCUGCCCGAGACCAACGUCCUAUCUUACUUUCCAGAAUGCUUUGAGUUUAUUGAGGAAGGCAGAUCGAAGGGCGGGGUGGUCCUCGUGCACUGCAACGCCGGCGUCUCCAGGGCCGCGGCCGUGGUCGUCGGGUUCUUGAUGAAGAGCGAGGGGCUGACUCUGACGAGGGCCUUGGCGGAGGUGAAGAGCGCCAGGCCGGCGGCCUGUCCGAACUCGGGCUUCAUGGACCAGCUGCGCGGAUACCAACGGGCCGAGGACGGCCAAUAGGCCGGGGCGACCCGAGAAGACGAGAGGACGGUUCGUGGGAUCGGUCCAUCCGUCAGUGCUGUUUAUUGAGCGCUUCCUCUGUGAGGAGCACCGUUCUGAUCCCUUUAAUCUGGGUCCCCGAAGCCGGGAAGAUUCAUUCGUUCAUUCAGUCGUA